GUCUUUAGGACAUUUGGCUGCUCAAGUUUCUAUAGAACGAAAGAGAGAGAAAUAGAGAGAGAGAAAGAAAGAUAUGUUGUUUCUAAAUGUCUCCUUCUUAUAACACUUGAUAAGGUGAAGGGGAGAAAAAUAUUAACUUUUCAUUUGAUAGUUUUAUGUUCUAUUUUUUAUUUGUUAUAGAAAUAUAUACAGGCCGGGAAAAAAAAUAAGCAUGAUGAAGAGAAAGAGUGACACUUCUUUGCCAUAUUCAAAGUUCCAAAUUCAUUCGGUGGCAUGUCCAUCCCUCAGAAAGAGAAUUACAAUUUUGUACAAUUCAAAAACUGGUUUCAGUGAUGAUGCAUCUGAGCUGCAGAUCCUAGGCAUCCUUUGGCUUGCAAGAAGAGAAGUGGAAGAAAAAGACAACAUUAAGAGAUCAAAUUUGAGGUUGUCAUCUCCUCAUCAACAUCAUCACCAAUGGCAUAGCCCUCUUACUCCUGCAGGGUUGUCUCUGAAGAAAUCUUUGCAAAGAUUUUUGCAGAGGAGAAGAGACAGGAUUAGAGCUGCAGCCAUUAAUUAAUCCUUACUAAUAACAUUAUUAAUUACUCCAAUAAUAAUAAAUCAUGCAUUAAGAGCUGAGGAUAGAUGCAGAUAUCAUCAUCCUAGCUAGUAUCAAGGAUAUAUAUAUAUAUAUAUAUAUAUAUA